GCUUCCUCCGCCAGGCCUCCAGGCCGCGCGGUCCUUGGCUGUCCGGAGCAGCGGCCGCCGGCCCGGCGGGGAAUCGGGCUAAGAUGGACGGGACAGAGCCCCGACAGCGAAGACCGGAGGAGCCGGGCCUGCCACACACACUCAUCUCAGGAAGACUCCCCUCAGCCUCCCAAGAUGGACUUCUGAGUAUCCCUGAGAGCCAGAGGCCGGCCACCAAGCCACUGGGGCCUGAGCUCAGCCGAGAGACCUCCUUGUCCAUGGCGCUUCAAAUGGCAGUGCCCUUCACGUUUGCAGGCCUGGGACUGUCCGGGGCUGGCAUGCUUUUGAACUAUUUCCAGCACUGGCCCGUGUUCACGGAGGUUCAGGACCUCUUGACGUUGGUGCCGUCCCUGGUGGGUCUGAAGGGCAAUCUGGAGAUGACACUGGCGUCUCGGCUCUCCACGGCUGCCAACACGGGACAAAUUGAUGACCCCCGGGAGCAGCACAGAGUCAUCAGCAGCAACCUCGCCCUCAUUCAGGUGCAGGCCACCGUUGUGGGGCUCCUGGCUGCCGUGGCCGCGCUCCUGCUGGGUGCUGUGUCCAGGGAGGAGGUGGACUUCUCCAAGGCGGAGCUGCUGUGUGCCAGCAGCGUCCUCACCGCUUUCCUGGCUGCCUUCGCCCUAGGAAUGCUGAUGGUCUGCAUCGUGAUCGGCGCUCGGAAGCUCGGGGUCAACCCAGACAACAUUGCCACACCUAUCGCAGCCAGCCUGGGCGACCUCGUCACGUUGUCCAUCCUGGCUGUGGUUAGCAGCUUCUUCUAUAGACACAAAGACAGUCGGUAUCUGACGCUGCUGGUCUGCCUCGGCUUCGCUGCCCUGAUCCCUGUGUGGGUGCUCGUCGCCAGGCAGAGUCCCCCCAUCGUGAAGGUCCUCAAGUUCGGCUGGUUGCCAAUCAUCCUGGCGAUGGUCAUUAGUAGCCUUGGAGGCCUGAUCCUGAACAAAACCGUUUCUAAACAGCCGUUCAGAGGCAUGGCCAUAUUCACCCCCAUCAUAUGUGGUGUUGGCGGCAAUCUGGUGGCCAUUCAGACCAGCCGGAUCUCCACCUACCUGCACAUGUGGAGCACACCUGGUGUCCUGCCCCUCUGGAUGAAGAAAUUUUGGCCCAACCCAUGCUCUACUUUCUGCACCUCAGAUGUCAACUCCACGUCAGCCCGAGUCCUGCUCUUCCUGGUGGUCCCGGGCCAUCUGCUCUUCUUCUACAUCAUCUACCUGGUGGAGGGCCCUUCCAUCACAGACGGCAAGGUCUUCCUGCUGCUCUACCUGCUGGCUGGCUUGGUCCAGGUGACGAUCCUGCUGUACCUUGCAGAUGUGAUGGUUCGGAUGACUUGGCACCAGGCUAUGGAUCCCGACAACCACUGUAUCCCCUACCUCACGGGUCUGGGGGACCUCCUCGGGACUGGCCUCCUGGCCCUCUGCUUCCUUACCAGCUGGCUAUUGAGGAGCAGACCUGAGCUGGGUGGCAUCUCUGAACUGGUGUCGGGGCCCCCCUAAUGAGCAGGGCAGCCCCAGUGGUUCUGUAGAAUUUCCCCCCACACCAGCAGGCACAGAGCCCCGUUUCAGCCAUCAGAGCCGGGCCUCAUGAUGGCUGACAUCCUGCCUCUGCACCAGCCCUCAAUGGCCUGCUAGGGACACGAGCGCCCUGGACCCUGGACAUGAACCUGACAAAGGUGGUCAGGUGCAACACCAGCGCACCGACUGCCUGGUGACUGUGCAUGGGGGGUGGGUGGUUGUGGGGUGAGUGCCCAUAUGUGGGGAGCAGGGAAGGCGUCAAAGGAAAAACAUGUCUGAUGCCUCGGGGUACUGGGAUGGAGAUCCGUUCCGUGGUGGUCGGGACUUGGGACUCUCUCAGCCUCAGCUUAGUUCCUUCAUCACCAGUGGGGAACUCAGAGCAGCUAGGGGGGCUCCCCACACUCCUCAUAUGCUUCAAGCAUCUAAGCUUGUCACUGCUUACCCUGCUUUUGCUUUUUUUUCUUUUUCUUCUUUUUUAGAAGAAAUUUAGAAUUUAGUGCUAAGAGAAACAUAAAAUAAAACCCAGACUCUAUAUUGUAUUUGGCCUUUUGUGUCUCUAAAUGUAGCUGGUGCACUGUGAGACCAGGGGUCUAGGAGUAACCCGCUGCAGCCAUCUCUGGUACAGUGGUUUCUGUAACUGCUCUCCGGC